AUGAAACAAAUCGAUGUGAAUGAAGAUCAGAUCCUUGUGGUGACCGCCGAAGACUCACUGCCGGAACAGUUCGACACAUCAGACUUACCCACGAGUCUAAUCAUCACAAACAUCGACAGCCGGGUGUUCACCGCCGACGCAGAUGUUCGGGACCACUUCGAGGAGACGUUCAAGAAGUUCGACACUUCGGCCACUUUUCAGUACUUCAAGAGCUUCCGGAGGGUUCGCGUGAACUAUUGCUCAGGCAUGAGUGCCGCACAGGCGAGGAUCAGAUGCCAUCAGAUGAGGAUUGGCGACGAGAUUGUUAACUGCUAUUUCGCCGGGCCAACCCUACCAAACCGGACGGACCCGAACGACGUACACCUUCACCCUCCGGCCCCACAAAAGCAAUUCCUAAUCAGUCCGCCGGCGUCGCCACCGGUAGGCUGGAAACCCGUGGACGAGGCCCAGCCCUGCAUAAACGUGGACCUACUGUCUGCGUUGGCCAACCUGACACCCGGUGCCACUCACGAGCUGCACCCGCAGUCCGACUCACAGCCCGGUAUUGUCGUACACGUGUGCGAAGAGGACGAGAAGAUAGGGGACAGUCGUCUGUCGGAUAAGGAAUGGAAGCCGAAGGUUAAGAUUCAACAGACCGCCCGACCCGGCGCUGCCAUCAUUCAGAGGUCACUGUCUGAGGGCUCCGAGGACUCCCUGUGCGCUACACCGCCUUAA